UCUCUCGAUGGUGCCAUGGUCUUCUUCUGGUAUCUGUGUGUCUGUACCAGCAUGUAUUGAAAAUUUCAACUGCUCAGUACGCAUAGGAAAUCGUGGACGGUGUGAGUAGCGCCCGCGCUAGCGCAUGUCUCUAAGUUUGAGUUCUCUGUGUUGGCACCCUACAGUAGUUUACCGUGUGGACUCGGGUGAUCUUGUGGUCACGUGAGCGCGGGCACGAAGCGCUGGAUGUGAGCCCGCAGAGAACAGGGGAAUGUGUUUUUGUCCGUUGGAUUUACGUUGGGCACUAGGAUCGAGAAACGAGUCUUCGGUAGAAAAUUUAUGAGCCUGGUGUCUACGACAGUAUAAUGAUAGGGCCCCCACGUGAUUUUCUUGCGACGGGGUCCACUCAAUGGGCCCACUGCAUGCGUGGUGACAGGUUUAAAACAAAAAUAGUAAUUGUACUUAUUACUAUUUAUAUUGAUGAUUGGUUAGGGGAAAAAAUUUAAAAAUAAAAUAAAAAAUAAGGUGCGUUUACUGAAGAAACUUUACUCUUUAGCUUUCAUGUUGGCAUAGUCCUCCGCUGUACAAACAUGUAUACGACCUGUUUGCUCUUACUGGUAUGGGGGUCCGGGGGUUAUGCCCACAAGUCACUAUGAACCUUUUAUCUGCUCUAGGUGGAAAUAUUUGGAGAUCUAAUUAGGUUAUUUUAUCAUAUAUAGUGGGGCCAAAAAUAAAGAUUUUUGAAUUAUGUCAUGGAGUACAUUUUUCACUGUUUAUAAAGUGUUGAGAGGACAUCUUUCGGCAGAAAUAAUUUUUCAUGAAUAUCUAAAGUAUGACUAUGAAUGUGAAUUCUCGCGUGAAUGUCGGCUUGUUUGGAAAGGGUUCUGGGAUUUGUCUAAUAUUAGCAAAUCUUUUAUUUAUUUUUAUAUUCAAUAGAGUGAUGGACAUGGAUGGGUUUGGAUUUUACAUUCUCUCACCUUAGUAUCUUUUGGAGUUUGGAUCUUAGACAUUGGGCUCAAAUUUUAUUUUAUUCCCCCCCCCCCCCCUCUUGAGCACCUAGUAGAAAUGUGAAUAUGUGAUCAUCAUUAAUGAUGAGUAUAUAGUUUUAUAAUAAUUCCAAGUCAUAGGCUUUGGCCGGAAUAUAGGAAUUUCUAGUGGAAUAAUUCUCUUGCAAAGUGGGCCUCAGCAGUAUUUAGAAGGGUGACAGUAUUUGUCAUAAUAUGGAAAAAAGGUCAUAAUUUGAGAACUUAAAUUGUCUGGUGGAAGGAUUGAUUGAUAGAGAUACUUGUCCUAUUUCCCCUUCAAUUAAGGGGGGAAAUUUUGGCUUCUGUGGUUGCAAAAUAUGUUGAUCCUUUCAAUAUUUUCUCUUCCAGUGCCUUAUUUUCAUUCUGUUUUGAAUAAAUUUCCAAAUUGAUUGUGAAAGAUAUUGAGGUGAAGGUACUUUCGGUUAUUAAGAUUGGACCGUCAUUCAAUCAUAUUGAAUUGUGCCUGCAAGCCCUUUGCAAUUUUCUUUGUAUUUACCAGUUUAUUGUGAUGCUGUAAUAUGAACUUAGAUGGCAAGAUUUUGUAUCUAUAUGAAACUAUGAAAGUCAUAAGAAGCUGGUUUUGCUGUCUUUAUCUGGAAUUGGUAACCUGUUAGUGGGCAGCUCUAGAAAUCAUAUCCUCAAUUCCCCCAUUAAUUAAUGUUCCUUGUUUGGUUAGAGUUUGACAAUGUUAAUGCAUCUUCCAUACCCCGCCUCACAUAAUUUGUUUAUUUUUCCAGAUGGACUCGGUUGACCAUCCUGUGGUUACUGCAAGCAAGAGCAAAUUGGCUCGUACUUUUGCGAAGGUUAUGCACAUUCGAGCUGUGGCAAGUAGUGUUCAUGGAAAUCAAAGAUCCAAGUCCCAUGAAAAAGUGAAAAAUGAUGUGAUAAAGAGUGAUUUUCUGAAGAACAUGCAGUUCAAUAUUUGCGAUGAAGAAGAAAAGAUGAUGGAGAAAUUAGCAGUCGAAGCUUUUAUUGCCAAAUUAUUUGCAAGCAUCUCAGCUGUUAAAGCAGCAUAUGCGGAGUUGCAAUAUUCUCAAUCUCCUUAUGACCCUGAUGGGAUUCGUGCUGCAGAUCAAAUGGUGGUGUCUGAGCUGAAAAGUUUAUCUGAACUGAAACAGUGCUACUUGAAGAAACAGAUAGAAGACUAUUCCCCUGAGAAUUUGGUUUUGGCAGAAAUUCAGGAGCAGAAGUGCAUUAUCAAGACUUAUGAAGUCAUGGGAAAGAAGCUGGAUUCUCAGGUCAGGCUCAAGGAUUCAGAAAUUACCUUCUUAAAGGAGAAGCUGGAGGAGGCCAAUAAGGAGAACAAAAUUCUCGAGAAGCGAUUGAAUUCAAGCGGGCAGUUAUCUGUUCCUGACAAUCUUCACUUCUCAGGAUUGAGUCCCUGUCAUUUCAUUACAAUCCUUAGGCAGGCAACAAAAUCAAUUCGGAGUUUCGUUAGGCUGCUUAGUAGGGAAAUGGAAUCUUCUGGUUGGGAUUUAGAUUUGGCAGCCAGUGCAAUUGUACCUCGCGUAGCUUUCUGGCAAGUAAAUCACAAAUGCUAUGCAUUCGAAUCCUUCGUUUGCAGAGAGAUGUUUGAAGGCUUCAAUGUUCUCAACUUCUCCGUUUCACGUGAGCCCCUCCCCGAGGGUAAAAAAUUGCAGAGGCUGUUCUUUGACAGAUUCAAAGAACUGAAAUCAGUGAAGCCAGCUGAUUAUCUAGCAUGGAAACCGAAAUCUACAUUUGCAAGAUUUUGCUGCAAGAAAUACUUGCGGCUCAUUCAUCCCAGAAUGGAACAAUCUCUGUUCGGCAAUUUGGAUCAGAGAAGCAUGGUGAAAUCUGGGGAAUACCCAGAAACUCCCUUCUUUUCUUCAUUCGCUGAAAUGGCGAAGCGCAUAUGGCUUCUGCAUUGCCUUGCCUUUUCCUUUGAUCCUGAAGCUUCAAUCUUCCAAGUGAGCAGGGGAAGUCGAUUUUCCGAUGUUUAUAUGGAGAGCAUGAGCGACGAAGCAUUCUUAUCAUCGGAAGGGACGCCGGAAACACAACCUCGGGUGGCUUUCACGGUGGUGCCCGGCUUCAGGGUAGGUAAAACUGUUAUUCAGGCUCAAGUAUACCUACGUUGACCCUAGACCAAUAUGAGCCCUUGAUUGAUAAUCAAUCGAAGGGCCCCAGAUUAAGUCAUAUCGGACUGAUCUGAAAGGGGAAACCGCGUGGACUUGUUCUGUCCGAACAACCCAAUAGUCUUUAGUAUUAUAACGUUUUCUUGAGUUAUUCCCCCCACAAGUUUUGUUAAUUUUAGGCUAGUGGUGUCGGGAUUGGAUUCUCAGUUGUAUAUUAUAUGAUUCCUUUAUAUAAAAAUUCGAUUUUCUUUGCAUCCAAAAA